CCUCUGUUCUUGAUCCUCCCUAUCUUCUCCAUCCCACCACCACCGAGGUAUGCGACGGGUCGAGUAAGUCGCGAAUUCGGAUAAUCACCACCUCCUGCCGCACAGCUCUUCUCCUGGACCAACGCUGUUCAGUGGAGAGAAAGUGUCGGUGGCUCACUUGUUAUUAUUAACUAGCUGGCAGUGUUAAAAGACAUCUUUGUUUUGUCUCCCAUCUGCUAUUCAACUCUGGCUAUCCACAAUCAUUCUUCGCAGUAGCCAUCAGUAUUUCCACGUCGGAACUCAAUUCAGAAUUUCGGCUGCGAAGCCACGAGGAAUACCGGGUGACUGAUCGCCAGGCUCUGGGAUAGAAAGGGAUUGUGAAGGUGUGCGGCGACGCGCGGAAAAAAUAAAUCCGGCGCCAAAGGAGAAAGGCGGUUUUUUUGAGAGACGAGAAGUUUCGAAAAGCGUCUCUGCAGAUUUUUACAUUUUAAAAAUCAAGAUCCAGGGAGGGAGAUAAGAAGAAAGCUUCUUGGAUCAGAAUUUUUAUAAUUUUUCUUUACAUCAAGGCGAAAAAAAAUACAACUCUCGUUCAAGUAUUUUUCGUGCCUUUUAUUCGAUACUGAGUAUCUCGAACCUGCAUACGGAUCUGGCUAUUUCGAUUCACCAAAUCAAAAUUUAAAAAGUUCAGUAGAUUCUCGCAAUCUACUGGGGAACAUUUGGCCAAAAUGAGUGGCCCGAAGACUAUUAGUAUUCACGAUGUUUCAGAGACGGUAGCGACAGUUAGUCGUACCCUCCAAAAUGGCACCAAGCUUGAGUAUCGUAUGCAGGUUCUCCAACAACCUGAAAGGGCGAGAGCCUGUGGGCAAGGUGCAAAGUCACAUGCGGAUCGUAGACCAGUUGAUCCUCCGCCGGUUGUGGAGUUGAGAUUAUUCGAGGGACAUGAGAAGACUGACGUAACCUUUUCUCAUAACUCCAACUUUUUCCUUUUCGCUACACUUGAACAGGCACGUCCUAUUGCUCAAGGAAGAGGAAUGCCAGCUCCGGCUCCGGCGCCAGUUUUGACAGGUGUUCCGGUUUCUGGUAUGGCAUACUUGGAUCGCCCCAAUCCGGCUGGGUAUUUCAUCUUCCCAGAUCUUUCUGUUCGCCAUGAGGGAAAAUACAGACUUAGGUUUGCCCUUUACGAGGAGACCAAGGAAGAGGAGGGAUAUCCCGCCCCACAGGACCCAUUGGAGCCAAGGGAAUAUUGUACCCACAGGUUGGAUGUUAAGUCUAGGGCGUUCACUGUCUUUUCCGCCAAGAAGUUUCCUGGAUUGGCAGAGAAUACCGCUCUAUCUAGGAUCGUGGCUGAACAAGGUUGCCGUGUGAGAAUUAGGAGGGAUGUUAGGAUGAGAAGGAGGAGCGAUAGGCCUAGCAGGGAUAGUGAGGACCGUCAUAUGGAUGAGACUGCUAUGUUGAGGGCAUCGAGGAGGGCAGCUACACCAGACCAAUAUGAAAUUGAGAACUCAAUUAGGGCGCAACAUACGCCGCAAUAUCAUCAGUCUACGCCUCACCCAAUGCAGCGUUCUAAUUCCAUUAAUAGGAAGAGAAGUGGAUCUGAUGCCUCUAUGAUAUCCGCCAUGGGAGAUAUGCCACAGGCUCCGAGACACGAAAAUGGAUAUUCGACUCCUAACCAGAACUAUCCUCCAUAUGGACCUCCCGCAGGGCCACCAUCCCAGAGUGCGCAUCAACAUCUAUCCUUUGGAAGCAAUGGUCAUGCCCCCGCACCGCCCGCACCACCCGCACCACAUGUUCACCCACCACAAGAACUCUAUGGACAGGAUAUGCAAUCUCGCUAUCCUCCGCCGCCAUCCCAUGCACAGAAUAAUGUGCACCAUCCGUCCCCUCAUAUGCCCUCGUCUACACGCACGCAGCAGCACCCAUACGGUGCACCCCAAUACCACUCGCGUGAGAACUCGAUUUCGUUGCCCAACCAACAGGUUCAGCAACAGCCCAGACAUGAACCUCAUCAUGUCAGACGUGACUCUGGCGAAUUCCGCGCAAGAAGGGAUUCUGAUCCGGCUUACCGCCAACAACCUCCUCAACAUUAUAGACCUGGAACGCCUGUAGCGUCUCCUUAUGGUCAGAUGGAGAAUGGUUAUGGCCACCAGCAGCAGCAGCAACACCAGCCUUACCAACCUGGUCCCCCUGCACCGCAACAGUAUCACCAUCAACAGCCUCAACAACAGCCACAACAGCACGCACCGCCUCCACCUCAAUCUACAGGCAACUCGCUUCCUCCUAUUCGGUUGCCGGCAUUGGGCUUGCCAGCGCUGGAGCCGAAAAUUUGGAACAGCCAACCUACUACCCCCAACUCUACAAAUCCUCCUGCUGCUCUACCUUCGCCUGGUGCUUAUCCACCUCACACAAAUGCGCCUAUGCCGUCUCAAAGGCCCCCUCCGCCCCAGAUGUCUCAACCUCCACCACCGCCAAAUCCCAACCAGUUCCCUGCCUAUUAUCCCGAGCCAAAAUAUACUACACCGCCGGCUCCAUCCAACGAUUCUUGGGGAUCCUCCAACGGCAGUGCGCCUGCGAAGGAGUCAGAAGGUAGAGGCACUAAGAGGCCUUGGGGGCGAGUGUUCAACAAUGCCCAUGUUGAGGGUCCAAUGCAGAACCGUUCUAGACCUUCUUCGAACUCUGCUGCUUAUGGAAGCGACCCCCCACCAUAUGCUCAACAGCCUGAAGUUGAUGAUGAUGCCUACGAUUUUGGCAAGCUGAAGAUGAGCUAUCGCCGUGCCGAUGGUGUCGAGAUUGUUCACAGGCUGCCGGGAGAAGAUUAAACAGUAGCGAGUGAUAUCUAAGCCCGUUAUAAUGGAUUUGGUGUUUGUUCCGGUCUGAAUUGCUUUGGCCUGAUCUGGAGAUUCUUGUUUUUGCAUGUGUGUUUUUAUGAUAUCCUGAUUUGUCUGGUUGGCGACUUCGACUUUUUUUCCUUUUCUUUUUCUUGGUAUCCAUUUGCUCUGUUUGAGUCUGGAACUGUACAUUGGAAUCAUGGGGGGAAUCUCAUUUCGGCUUAUGGACAACUUCAGUCAGGAUCUGACAUUCUCCUUUACGAAAUCGUCAGCUACACUACAAUCAUUCUUACGCUCUAUAUUUCUUUGCGAACCUUGUUUCUUUUUUCUUCGUCUGUCCAUAGGAGGCUGGGGUUUUUUUUUUUUCCAAGUUCAUAUAUCAUUUCCUUCUUUCGGAGAUUGUUCGUAUUACGACUACGGUAUGCUUAUAGUCUCUAUUUGUCUUAUUAACCUACUUUUUUCCUUGCGAACAAAAUUCCCUCGAAUUUUUCUUUUCCAUCUGCUUUUUAUUUCUGUGCCUUUUUUAAGCUGGGUUUACUUGGGGAGGAAGGAAAGGAAAAUUGGAUGGGGCAGCAAGUAACAUUUUAAACUUGUCAUUA